AUGAACAAUGAUAACCACCAGACUGAUAUUCCCAUGUUUGGUAUGAAUAUGAACAUGAAUGGACAGAUGCAGCCGGGGGUACCGCAACCCAAUCAAAUAGGUCUGCAACAGCCCCAUCAACAACAACAACCACAACAAAACCCGCGUAUGGGUUCCUUACCAAUGUUAACUCCAGAGCUUUUGGCUUCACUCACUCCACAACAAAUGCAAGCAAUGAAGAAUAAUCCACAGUUUCAGGAAAUGAUGCGGCAGUAUAUACAGAGACAACAGCUUUUGAACCAACAGAGUAAAGGUUUUCCAACCAGCGGCGCUCCCAUUUUUCCCCAGGUGCAAAACAUGCCAAUACAACAACAAGUACAGCCACAGUCACAGCAGCUGCCCAUGAUGGCUCAAGGAAACAACCCGAUGGCUUCAAAUGGCCGCCAUCGAAUACCUCAACAAGGGCCGGCUGCUUUUCAACAAGGGCCACGUCCUACACAAUUGGAUAACUUUGCCGGUCUUCAGCAACAACAUCUACAAUCUCGAUUGGGUCCUCAACAACAACAACAACAGCCUCCGGGAAUAGAGGGAAAUUUUCCUAGCAGUAUUCCCAACAGCAUACCACAGCAAGGUCCUAAUUUCCAAGGUUCAGGAAUACCAGGAGGAGGAAUACCAGGUACGAACGUACCAAUUAUCGGACCAGGUGGACCGCCUUCAGCAACUGCAAUUGAUGCUCACAUUAUGAACAAUGUGGUUGGUAAUGCAAUGCCAAUGAGUGAACCCAAUGGAGUAGUACCUUUCCCUAAUGCCCAGCAAUCUCCUAAUAUGCUUCCCCCUAACGCCAUGAAUCACACUCCAUCUCAAACAAACUUGCAUAAACCAGGUAGCAUCAUUGAUCCAAGUCGAAUAAGCUCCGCAGCAUCGAUCCCAGGAGUUAGUCAAGCAAAAGCUCAAGAACUACAGGGGAGGUUGCAAAUAAAACAAUUGACGAAUCUUCAUCAAUGGUCUGACAAAUUUGAAAAAGAAGGUGCGCCAGUUCCAUUGGAUACUGAUGUGUAUGAAGAAAUUAUACACAGAGAUUUUGACUACUUGGCCAAUUUGGCAAAACAGCAUGUCACUAUGAAACAUGAAGUUGAAUCUGCCUCGCGAGAUUUACAACAAUAUAAUCAAAUAAAACAAUUGCGAAUGAAUUCAAUACAGUUAAGUGCCAAGAAUCAAAUGAAUAAUAGUAUCUGGGGUGAAGGAUAUCAAGGUUAUGGUAACGGUAUUACCAACACGGCAAGUCGUCUACUACUUCCUGAAAGGGACAUAUCUGACCGAAUGAUUAAUGAAAGAUUAGCUCAAACUAAGGGCGCCAAAAACUAUGUGCCUAUCAGACUUGAAUUUGAUCAAGAUAGAGACAAGUUUAAGCUACGUGAUACGUUUUUGUGGGACUUGAAUGAAAAGGUUUUUACAGUUGAAGACUUUACCAGUCAGUUGUUGGAUGAUUAUAAACUUAUUCCACGUAUUCACUAUCAAACAAUAUUGAAUAGCAUCAAGGAGCAAAUUGCUGAAUACCAACAAAAGCCUGCAAAGACAACAGGGGAGAUUCGUAUACCCAUCAAGAUUGACAUCAUAAUGAAUAAUACUCAACUAACUGAUCAAUUUGAGUGGGAUAUUCUCAAUACCAAUGAAAAUGAACCAGAAGAGUUUGCCACGAUCAUGUGUGAUGAACUUUAUCUACCAGGAGAGUUCAGCACUACCAUAGCCCACAGUAUACGCGAACAGUGUCAAAUGUACAUCAGGGCCUUGAAUUUAGUGGGAUGUAAUUAUGAUGGUACACCAGUGACUGAAGAUUCAAUUCGUAACCAUUUGCUUCCAUCAUUACGUUUAGUGUCGAAGGACUUCCAAGUUGUUGACGAUUUUUUCUCAAUUUUACGAAACCCUACAAAUGUACCUGAUUUCAGUCCUCAGUUGAUCAAGUUGACGGAAUUGGAGCUUGAGCGGAUGGAUAAGGAGAUGGAAAGAGAAAGCAGACGUAAAAGAAGACACAAUUACAAUGAAGAUGGACAAGUCUUUAGUGUAAUUGGAGGGGGUAGUGGUGGAUUUGGUUCGGGAACGUUCACUCCUACUGGAAAUGAAGGUUUCAUCAAAACAGCACCAAGUACCGGAAGUUCAAGAGGCUUCCUGUCAUCCAGACGUAAUGCAGCACACAUUGGUAGAGGUAAUGUCAUACCUGACUUGUCGGAUGUACCAAAGACCUUUAGGACUCCAGCUCCAUCAAGUAUUUUACCGGGAGCUAUUGAUUUGGCAGUACCUGAAGUAUAUGAAUAUGAUGAAAUAUUUGUUAACCGUACUCAGGUUAAGAAUCCGGAUUACAGGCCACCAACUCCUGAACCAGUAUUGAGUGAUCGAGUAAAAUAUGAACAUGAUCCAUUGCGAGGUACUUUUAAUGUAACAAUAAAAUGUAGAUUAGAAUAA